AUGAUCUUUGUUUUAACAUUCUUCUUCUUCUUCUUCUUCAAUACUUAUAUUUGUUUGGAUGAAAAUAUAAAUAAUAAUCAACUAAUACCGUUUAUUCAAGAAACUAUUGCAACUCAACCAGUUCGAACAGAUCCUGAUGAUCCAGCUAUAUGGAUUCAUCCAAAUCAACCUGAAUUAAGUCUUAUUAUUGCUACAGAUAAAACAGCUAGAAUAGGUGGUUUAUAUGUUUUUGAUCUUGAUGGUAAAAUUCUUCAACAUAUUGAAAAUAUUGAUCGACCAAAUAAUGUUGAUGUUGAAUAUGGUUUUAAAAUAAAUGAAACUUAUUCUAUUGAUUUAGUUGUUCUUACAGAACGUUUACAAAGACGUUUACGUAUGUUUUCAAUUAAUAUUAAUAACCGUCAAUUAUAUGAACUAACUGGACAAAAUACAAAUGUAUUUGUUAAUAGUUCUGGCGAUCAUGCAGCUCCCAUGGGUCUAGCAUUAUACAAACGAAUAGAUGAAGGGAAAAUUUAUGCUAUUGUUAGUCGAAAAUCAGGUCCUAGUCAUAAUUAUCUUGGUCAAUAUGAAUUAAUUUGGAAUGGACAAUCGAUUGAUUUAAAAUUUAUUCGUUAUUUUGGUGAUUUUCAAGGAGAUGAAAUUGAAUCAAUUGUUGUUGAUGAUCAACUUGGCUUUGUUUAUUAUUCAGAUGAAUCUUAUGGAAUUCGAAAAUAUAAUAUUGAUCCACAAACAAAUCAAACUCAACAAAUUGGUUUUAUAAAUACAACAAAUCUAUGGCAAGGUGAUUCCGAAGGACUUGCUUUAUAUACAACAUCUGAUAAACAUGGAUAUUUAAUAAUAACUGAUCAGAUAAUAAAUGGAUCAAUAUUUCAUAUUUAUGAACGUCAAGGAACAAAUUCUUAUAUAAAAUCAAUAAAAACACGUGCUGAUAAAACAGAUGGUAUAGAAGCAACAAGUAGUUUAUUGAAUAAAAAUUUUCCUCGUGGUUUAUUAAUUGUAAUGAAUGGAAUUGAGAAAAAUUUUCUUCUUUACGAUUGGCUCAAUUAA